AUGAAGAAGGCUUUGCUUAUCUGUGGAGAUACAUUGUCGAAAAUGAAUGUGACUGGAGAUCCAGGUGUGAAGCGAGGUUCUUGUCCGAACAGAAAAGAAUCACAGCCUUUGAAUUCAAAAAGCUCAUAUUUUUUCUUGAUGAAAUACUUCCCAACGUUUCCGGUGGAGAAAGAUGCUUGCAAUGAACACUCAGCUCCACUUGCUGAGAUGGUUGGGACUUGCCUCAAGUUAGCAGGGAAUAGUAUGCCAAACUUUCUUGCUGCUAACUUCUACAUGAGAAGUGAUGGAGGAGGCGUUUUCGAAGUUCUAGAUAUAAUGAAUGGACCAGUUAUUCGCGGUUGUGAAACUCUUGCUGCCUGCCAGCCAGAAGCAGCUUAUGGUUCUUGCAAAAACCUUACUCUUCAGACAAGAGCUCCAGACAUGGAAUCAACUGCUGGAACCUACUCAGGUUCAGUUCAGUUCUCAAGAUCCUUAGCUGCUGUUUCCUAUUCACAAAACACCAUUGUUUUCUUGUGCUUCUCAUGGCUUCCAUUGCUGGUGUUUACUAUGACACAGCCAACCAUUCCACACUAG